AUGAAAUUUCCUCAAAACAAUCUUAAAUCACUAUCAAGUUCAGGUUCUAUUACACAAGAUCAAUAUAAUUUUUAUAUUGAAUAUUAUAAAGAUUUUGUUUAUGUACGAAGAAAACAAUCGAAUGAAAUUCCAAUUUAUCUUAGUGAUGAUGAUUUACCUACAGCAGAAAAUGCUUUACAAUUAGCUUUAGAACGAGAACAAGAAAGACAAAAUUUAGAAAAAAGAAAAAGAGAUUCUGAAUCUGAAUCAUUACAUACUGAAUCAUCUUUAUCUACUCAAUCAUCUUAUACUACAGAUGAUGGAUUUAUGUCAAAAGAUAGGCAUAUAGUUGGUUCAGUUUUAGAUAUUGCUGUUAAAAAAUAUAAUGGACUUCUAAAUGAUAAGAUUUCUUUUGAAAAUUAUAUGAAAACUUUUAAUUUUAGAGAAUAUGCAUUAUGUGUAUUAUUCAACUCAUCUAAAAAUAUAUUUAUUUCAUUACGUCAUGAAAUUCCUGGUGCUGAUUAUAAUGGAAAAUAUCAAGUAACUGGAGGUAAAGUAGAUCCUAUAGACAGAAAACAAAAAGAUUAUUUUCUUACAUGUGCAAGACGUAAAGUAUUAGAAAAAUCAGGAAUUAUUUUAGGUGAUGAUAAUUUGAUUCAUGUUGUAACAGAAGAAAAUUCUAGAAUAUUUCCAAAGAGAGAAACCGAAGAUGUUUACAGAACUGCAGUGUAUAUUGCUGAUAUAGAAGAUGUUGUUCCUCAAUGUAUGGAACCUGAAAAAAAUAGUGAAUAG